AUGUCUACUACCUUGAUGGGAAUGCUUGGGAUGCUUUGUCACAAUCUUCAACAAAGACUACCUGAAAUAUUAAAAGAAAAACCUAAAGAACAAACUUUAUUCACUUUAUCUACAGAUUACGAAUGGUUCGAAGAAGAGCUCUUGGAAUUUGACGUUGAAGUAGUGACUAUUGAUAUGAAUGAUGAAUUAAUGAUAGAAGAGUUCUUUGAUAUGAAUGCUUUCGAACAAAAUCAAAAUGUUAGUGAUGAAAGUUCAGAUACUUUUCUUCAAAAUGCCACAGACAGUACUGAAGAUUGGUCGAUUGACAAAAUUUUUUUUCAAUCUAAAGUUUAA